GCUUUCGAACCCAUUGACGGUUGUAUAUAAAGUAUAAACUCUCACUCAUUUAAAACUCCUAUCAAUGUCGCAUUCCCUCUCAAAACCAAACAAACCGCCAACUCCUCCUUAAUUAGCUUUUAAUCUCUCUCUCUACCUCUAAAACCUUUCAACCAUGACUUCUCCAUUAAAACUCUCCCCAUCUGAUCAGGAACACCUUAUCGAUAAGCUCCAAGUUUUCAAGAUCCAUGGUCGAGAUAAACGUGGCCGUAAGGUCCUUUGCAUAAUCGGAAAGCUCUUCCCAGCUCGGCUAGUGAGUACUGAGGUCUUGAACAAGUAUUUGGAGGAGAAAAUUUUCGCUAACUUAAAGGACAAGCCAUUCUCAGUGGUGUAUGUGAACACGGGUGUACAAAGAAACGAAAACUUUCCUGGAAUCUCGACCCUACGAUCAAUAUACGAUGCUAUUCCGAUCACCGUUAGAGAUAAUCUCGAGGCGGUUUACUUUGUACACCCAGGUCUACAGUCCCGUCUCUUCCUUGCCACUUUUGGUCGUUUCAUUUUCACUGGAGGGAUGUACAGGAAGCUUCAAUACGUAAACAGGGUUGAGUUUCUGUGGGACCAUGUGAGGAGGAACGAGAUUGAGUUUGAGAUACCAGAAUUUGUGUUUGAUCAUGAUGAAGAGCUGGAGCACCGUCCGAUGAUGGAGUAUGGGUUAGAGGGCGAUCAUCGUAGAGCCUACGGUACACCCUCGGUGGACUCUGCAGUGUCUAUGUAUUCCAUGAGGUGCAUUGCAUGAGCAUGAAUGGUGUUCGUGUUGAACAAGGGUGGGUGUGUUGUGAAUAGUGUCCUCUCGUUUUUUCUUUGGGUUUGGUUUGUUUGAUUUAGGAGACUUUCGGGGGUUUUUGUCAUGUUGUACAAAGAAUGCCGUGUAAGUAAAACGAAGGUUGAAAAA